CCUAGGGGGUGGCUGAAGUGAUCUCGAGAUGGCUGAUGAGACCGACGAUGAUGGAAGUGACUCUGGAUUAGCCGAGGUGACCCUAGGUGUGGCCGGAGCGACCCUGGGGUGAGGUGGUUGUGGUGAUUGACCCCAGGGGGUGGCCAAGGUGACAUGAAGAAGUAAUGGACACCUAGAGUGAGGUUGUCUUUGCUUCAUAAAUUGUUUUACUUAGGGUCCACAAGCAAUGUUGACGUGACAACAACCACCAUGCAUGACAAACAUCCCAACAAACAAACAUUCUAGGUACCUAUGUUCAUCAACAAUGAAGAACGACGGUGGAGAGUUAACCUGAGAGAGCGAAGUAUAGUUGCCUUGAUCCUCUAAUGAUGGGCGAUCGAGCUGCCAUGAAACCCAACAAUUUCCCUCGGCAAAAGGCGUUGUUGUUCCUGUUUUCUUUGAAGACCAUUCGAUUAUAUCUCCAAUUCCCAAUACUUAGCCCCCGCCAUCCUUGCCUCCUCCACUGUCUCCCAAAUUUCCGCUACCUGCUCCUCCCUCCAAUCCUUUCUCUCCUCCCAUUCCCUCAACCAGUCCCAUCAAUCCUUUUCCUUCGCCUUCCCCGCACUCAUAUACAAGCAAUACAACUUCGAUGAUGCCUCUGCCACCUCUUCCUCUCCUCAUCCGCCCAUUGUCAGGCGACGAUUAGUGAGGGAGGCAGGUUUGAGUUGGUAAGAGGAUUGAAGUCUAACUUAUGGCAUCGACGAUUCUAGGAGUGGUUGUGUAGACAAAAAUCAAAUGAUUCUUCGUGAAUCUCAACCUUCUUAUCCAACUAGAUGAAACAGAGAAGCGACAUGAGGCAACUAGUAAUGGCAGGGAAGAAAUGGAGUUGUUAGGGAUUGGAGCAAUAGUUUUUUUAAAAUAUUAUUAAUUUUUUUUUUUGGUAGUACUUCAAUACUAUUAUUAUUAUUAUUAUUAUCAAUGUGGAAUCACAACAAACAAAUGUCUACAAAAAAUUAGUGGGUAGCCGAGAUACAAUAUAAGCCCCCACUCCCUUAGCUAUAGCAAAACUAAGCCUGGUAAAAAUGCACGCGACCGCCCAAGCCCCUGCAUCCUGAGUCACGAAUAAUUUAUGGAUCCGCUUGAACAAAGCCACGACAUCCAUAUCCAACUCUUCUAGCGAAUAACAAGAAAAGGGCAGGAAACCGUAACCAGCCGUCAUGCACAAUCCCGAUACUUAACACACUUUUGUUGGGCAGACACAAAAAAGAAUGUUAUAGUGAAAUUAUUUUUUUUAACUUCUUAUAUUAACACAAAUCUCUCACACCAAAUACCUAAUAUUUUAAUUGAGUAAUAUGCAGUUAUGCACCCAAAUUUAUGAAGAAAAAAAAAAAAUCCUCAACCAAACAAUCCAUCAAGACUAAAUAAAGCAAAUACUCUGGGGGAAAAAAUUCCUUUUAGAAAGAAAUCCAAAGAAGGCAACUGGAUUAGGAAAAAAAAAAAGUUACAUCUCUCUGUCUCUGUCCCCCUUCCCCCAGUUCCCAGCCGGGGGAUAGACAGCGAGAAAGACAAGAAAGAGUGAUUUAACUCUUCAUCUCUAAGACGGCCUAACUCUUUAAACUCGAAGUAUGAGAAACCUCUGAGCAUUAUAUAAAUAAACAGAAUAGAGGAGAAAAGGGCUCAUUUCCUUUCUUGGUUUUGUCAUCUCGCAUCGUGUUCCCCUUGGUCCGUCCUUCCCUCUCAGGUACGCCGGUUGCGAAUUAUACAGUCCGUCUUCUAAUUUACAUUUUUAGAACCCUAGAUCGUUCGACCCGAUUCUUAUUCUCGGUAAUUAUUCAUUACUCAGAUUCAUCUGUCUUCGAAGGAAGGAUUGUGGGGUACGGUUGUGCAGAGAAGUGGAAGCCGUAGGUGAUCUCAAUUCUGUGAUUGAAGGUGAAAGUUUGAGGCUUUGUGGAGGUUUCUUUGGUGGGCUGGGGAUUUCUUGAACUGGGGUCUCAUUCGAAUCCAUUUUUUCCUUGUGGGGUUUUAGUGUUGCAAUCUGGUAUAUCUAGGACCUCAAUUCCAGUUUCUUCUGCUGUUAAUGGGGGCUUAUAGUCCUCGAGCACCUUAAUCAUUCUGGAAAUGCUUGUAGUGGAACUUCCCUUGCGCAGCUACUGUUGAGCCUCCCUUUUUCCUUAUUGAUCUGUUUGGUCCUCUUGUUAAGACUUUGAAAGGGUGAACGUCUGAGCUGGUUUCUUCCAACUUCCUGGCUGCUUGCAAGUAGAGAGAUUUAAGUUGUAAUGGCUAGUCCACAGCAACCUUCCCGAGGGUACUCUGUUGCGAUUAGUCCUUCCAACCCUGAAGCAUCAAUCCCUCAACCUGAUAGAAGUCAUAUUACUUCUUCACCUCAAGUAUUAGCUGGACCUCCCAGAUUUCCUCCCCCUAAGUUGCAACAUGAUCACCUUUCCCCUUCUGUGAAAACCCCAACCUUGAUGUCACCGGCAAAUGCAGUUUCAAGUGGAAGCCCAAUUCCUCACUUGAGCACCCCACCUGGCCCUCCGGUGUUCACUUCACCUGUGCGGCCUGCUGCAGUGCCUUUCCGGACUUCCCCAUCAACUCCACAACCAGUUGCAUUCUCAUCAGGAUCAUCGCUGCCAACUUCAUCUCCUCCCAAUUUCUCAAAUGGCUCACCCCAGCUGGAUCCCCAGCUUCCCCAAGCAAUGGAGGAGAACUCUUCUGUUGAGGAAUCACCAUGUGUGUUAUUCUCGGCAACUAAGGUUUUGAAGCAGAAAAAACUGGCAAAUGCAGCAAGUUUGGGUUUUGGGGCAUUGAUUUCCCCUGGUCGAGAGAUUUUACAAGGUCCCCAAAUUGUACAACGUGUUGCCCAUCGCUGCCAAAACUGUGGAGCUUAUGCAAAUCUGUAUUGCAAAAUAUUACUUGGUUCGGGUCAGUGGCAAUGUGUGAUUUGCAUGUCAUUAAAUGGAAGUGACAGGGAAUAUGUAGCACCAAGCAAAGAAGAUCUGCGCAACCUGCCUGAACUUUCGUCUCCAGUAGUUGACUAUGUUCAACCUGGGAAUAAGAGACCUGGUUUCAUUCCAGUUUCUGAUUCUAGAGUGUCUGCACCUGUCGUUCUUGUUAUUGAUGACUGCUUGGAUGAGCCACACCUGCAGCACUUACAAAGCUCCUUACAUGCAUUUGUUGAUUCUCUUCCUCCUACAUCCAGAAUAGGAAUCAUAACAUACGGCCGUGUAGUAUCUGUUUAUGAUUUUUCAGAGGAAUCAUUUGCUUCAGCCGACGUGCUUCCAGGAGAUAAAUCACCCACUCCAGAAUCCUUGAAAGGAUUAAUCUACGGGACUGGUGUGUAUUUGUCGCCAAUGCAUGCUUCAAAAGAAGUAGCACAUAGAAUAUUCUCAUCAUUGAGACCAUUCAAGUUGGACAUUGCAGAAGCUUCAAGGGAACGCUGCCUGGGUGCUGCUGUUGAAAUAGCUCUAUCUAUAAUUCAGGGGCCAUCGGGAGAGAUGUCUCGGGGUGUACUCAAGAGGCCAGGGGGUAAUACUAGGAUCAUUGUAUGCUCUGGUGGGCCAAAUACCUAUGGUCCUGGAUCUGUUCCUCAUUCCUUUGGGCACCCAAACUAUGCUCACCUUGAAAGUACAGCCUUCAAAUGGAUGGAACAGCUGGGUCGUGAAGCUCAACGACACAAUACAGUGGUUGAUAUUCUAUGUGCAGGAACUUGCCCAGUUAGGGUUCCAGUUCUGCAGCCUCUUGCUAAAUCUUCUGGCGGUGUUCUGGUACUUCACGACGACUUUGGUGAAGCCUUUGGUGUGAACUUGCAAAGAGCAGCUUCCAGGGCAUCAGGCUCUCAUGGUCUUCUGGAGAUUCGAUGCUCUGAUGAUAUCAUUGUUACGCAAGUCGUCGGUCCUGGGGAAGCGGCACAAUAUGAAGACAGCAGUGAAUUUAAGAGUGAUUCUUCUCUCUCUAUUCAGAUGUUAAGUGUUGAAGAAUCUCAGUGCUUCGCAUUGUCAAUGGAAAAUAAAGGCGACAUCAAGAGUGAUAGUGUGUAUUUCCAGUUCGUCAUACAAUUUUCAAAUGUUUAUCAGGCAGAUAUUUCGAGGGUCAUAACUAUUAGACUAGCUACUGUAGAUAGUGUUUCAGCAUAUCUUGAGUGUGUACAUGAUGAGGUGGCUGCCAUCCUGAUUGCUAAGAGGACUCUACUGCGAGCCAAAAACUCUGCCGAUGCAAUUGAUAUGCGGGCAUCGAUAGAUGAGCGUAUCAAGGAUAUCGCUCUGAAAUUUGGUGCUCAAGUGCCAAAGUCUAAACUUCGAAGAUUCCCCAAGGAACUCUCCUUGCUGCCUGAGCUCCUUUUUCAUCUCAGAAGAGGGCCAUUGUUGGGAAGCAUUGUCGGCCAUGAGGAUGAACGCUCUGUGUUGAGGAACUUGUUUCUGAAUGCAUCAUUUGAUCUUUCACUCCGUAUGGUAGCACCGCGAUGUCUGAUGCACCGAGAAGGAGGCACUUUCGAGGAAUUGCCAGCCUAUGACCUCGCAAUGCAGUCUGACACAGCUGUUGUUCUUGAUCAUGGCACUGAUAUCUUCAUUUGGUUGGGUGCUGAACUAGCUGUGGACGAAGGUAGAAGUGCAGCAGCGUUAGCAGCUUGCAGAACGUUGGCUGAAGAGCUCACUGAAUCGCGAUUUCCAGCUCCUCGGAUUCUUGCUUUCAAGGAAGGGAGCUCCCAGGCACGAUAUUUUGUCUCGCGACUGAUACCAGCACACAAAGAUCCUCCUUACGAACAGGAGGCAAGAUUCCCACAGCUUCAGACUUUGACAAUGGAACAGCGGACAAAGCUGAAAAGCAGCUUUCUGCACUUUGAUGAUCCCAGUUUCUGCGAAUGGAUACGGAGCUUAAAAGUCGUGCCACCGGAGCCAAGCUAACCAAGGGAACUAAGCAAGCCAACACCGAAGUCUGGCAUAAUCUGUAACCUCCAAGAGAAGGGUAGACUCGAGGGAGCACUGCAAUGGUUUGCUACUUCCCUGCUUGAGCCGUUUUGCAUGGACAACGUCGAAAGAUUGUCUCAAAUGGAAAAUGUUACUGAAGUCGUUUGGGUUUUCUUGGUGGUGCCAUAAUGAUUCGACAUGUGUUAACGUUACUUCCAGAUCAACUUAUGCAUUGUCACAAGGUUCUGCCUUUUUGACACAGAAAAUUUCUCCAUAAUCAGGCCAUCCCAUUACACACUUCUUCCCACCCUGAUUCUUAGCAAUGGUUCAGCCAGACAGGCACACUUCGUUUAAUUUUUCUUCAUUCGUAAAAUAAAAAAAAUAUUUUAAUAUUUUUUUUUCUUUGCGAAAAAUAAUUUGAAGUUUUUGGUUCCUUAAUUUAAUAUUUUUACUUUUGAGAAUUAUUCCAAUUCAUCUUUUUUGCUUCUGAAAAAUAAAAAAUAAUUUCCCUCAUUCCAGUUUAAUUUGUUUGAUUUUUUGCUCUCCUCAAUUUAUUACUUUUGAAUUUUGAUGAUUAAAUUGGGGCAUUUAAUUCUUCAUACACCAAGGAGAAUGGAAAGUGUAUCAACUUGGAGCAAAUUUUUUGAUGGAGGCAAGUUUCGUUGAUUUGGGGCUUUCUUUUUCCUGUCCUUGACGAGAUGAAGUCUUUUUUAAAAAAAAAAAUUGUGUGGGUGAGACAUUUGAAUGGGGCGGCCGAAUUAUGUAGCCGGUUCAAACGGUUUGAACAGUUAACCGUUCACUUCGCUCGUCGACGGUACGAGUUUUUUUUAGGGAUUUUCAUUGAUCCUAAUCGAGUGGACGGGCUGGUCUCGAUUUUAUCGGUCCGACCGAAGACUCGAUUUUAAUUACAUUAAUUACUAUACUUGAUCAAAUCCAUUGCUAUUAUAUUGCACCCGACUGAUUUAACUAUUAUA